UGUUGUUGUUAUAAAAUGGACAAAUCGAUAAACGUGCCAAGUACUUAAUUAAAAGUUUAAAUUUAAUUUUAAAACUACAAUAAGAAUGUCGCUUCUGUUUUUAUUGGUGGGUGUUUGUGUAACGCUUGUCAGUGGACAGACCACAGGGGUUAGUCAAUGUAUUAGAAACGAAGGAGACCUUCCGAUAAACACGUACAUCCACGGAUGUUCGGAGCCGCCGUGCUCUCUGCCACAGCUGCAGGACUGCGUUAUUGACAUCAUAUUCCAAGCACCUCGCGUUAUCCGCAAUAUGAAAACGUUAGCCACGGCCUACAUAAACAUCGGGAUCCACAACGUGCCGGUCCCAUAUGAUCUUGGCGAACACGCCAUCACCUGCAACUUCCUCACAAACACCUACUGUCCGCUGCUGGCUGGCGAGGUUGCGACCUACACGUUGAAAAUGUUCAUCGAGCCGUUCUUCCCUCAGGGUACUUCAGUUACAAUCGAAUUCAGGAUCGUGGAUGAACGGGAUGUACCUGUUUUGUGCCUCCGAGUUCCAAUCACGAUCGCUCCGCCCCUAACAAGCCCGACCAAAACACACCACUUAAGUGAACAUGUUUAUAACGCAACGAAACUAGAUGGCGCUAGUUGAGCAUGCGGGCAUGUUCGUUUGAUAUUACGUCCGAAAUGCUUUGUUUAAUUUUUACAAUAUAAAUAAAUGCCCACUUAUACAG